AUGGAUGGAAAUGUCUCCAUGAUUGGCCCCAAGGUCUCAAAUUUUGGAUUCUCUGGAUCAUUUUCGUCGAACAUUCCCACGCUGCUACGCUCAUUAUAUUCCGUAAAUGGUGCGAGCCUUGAAAAUUUGAUUGCUUUCACCCAUUUGAGUUCCCUCACAUUAUGGGAGCCAUCGAGUAACAUCAACAGCUGCAAAUUGCCGCCCAAAUUGCUCAACCUUAAGUUAUUCGAACCAACUGGUGAGAUCGAGAAUUUAAAGUUUCCGCCCAACUUGCUCAAACUUUCGAUUUCUCUUGCCAAGUUCAAAGACUUCGCCAAAGUCGAUUUUCCCGCUAAAUUAGUUGACCUCGAGUUAUUGAAUUGUGACAUUAAGCUGACAGUCGGCUGGCUGAUACCAGCCCAAUUGAAAAGACUUUCACUUGCAAGUAACAAGCUUUCGUCUUUCCAUGCCGUUCUUCCUUGCUGUGAAUUCUUGUGUUUGAGCGGCAAUUAUAUAAGGAGUGUCCAAAUUGAAGCUCCCGUUCUUGAGCAUAUUGACUUGAGUGAGAAUCUUUUGACUUCAUUUCCCACACUUCCAAAUCGCCUUAAAGUCCUUAUUCUCAGUUACAAUAGGCUAUAUGUCUCCCAGAUACCAGAGUUGCCUUCUAGUAUCAGGCGUUUAGACCUUACGAUGGCUGGAAAGAUAGCUCUUCAAAACAACUACACAUUUCCAUCAUCAUUAAGUGAACUCCACCUCGCAGCAUUGAACUUGUCAGGUAUGAGUGGAGUCAAAUUUGCCAAAGGAUCAAAAUUGAAAGUAUUAAGCUUCAACAACUCUAAAUUGGGCAUAAUCAACGACAGAAUGAUUGAGCUCCCUCCGGGUUUGGAAUCACUAGACUUGUUUGAAAAUAAGUUGCAAAAUAUAGAUGAUUUCACCAUUCCACCAUCAGUUACAUUUCUAGACUUGGGAUUUAACGAAUUUCAAUCAUUAAAAGUCAAGUCCCAUAUUGAGAUACUAAACCUCAAUGUGAAUCCAAGACUUUCAAGUCUUGCGGUACCUAAGGAUCUGGAACUAAGAGUUCUCAAUCUCCUGGAGUUUGGACUUACAGAGUUCUCAUUUGAUUUAAUUGGAGCUGAGAAGCUCACACAACUACGUCUAGGAAUGAAGUUUGAAGUGGUUGACGUCUCGAAUAUGCCACCCAAUUUUCAGAUUUUAGAUAACUAUACGCAGCAUGAAAUCGAAGGAUUUCACAGGCAUCCUGGUACAGACAUUUUUAGAGCUAUUCAUCAGACCCAGAAUAUCAGCUAG